AUGAGCUACGAAACCCUCCCAUCCAUGCCAGGCGCAUGGCCAUCAGACGACACAGACCCCACCUCCCCUCUAACCUUCACCCUCUCCGACUUCAUCUCCGCCGCCAGCACCGCCCAAACCUACAUCGAAACCACACUCCACCAACCCAAACCCCAAGUCUGGCUCUCCGAAACCAUGACAAACAUGACCCUCUUUACCUACGCUGAGGAACUCGUCGAGAAAUCCGUGGCGUAUGUUACCUAUAUCGCUCCCUACAUCGGUUUCUAUUCAGAAGACCAGUUCCCGCCUCCGCUGGCCGAUGGGGUCAUACUGUCUUAUGCUUUGGUGGAAGUAGGGUUACUUCGGGCGAUACUACGGUAUUCGCGGGAGACUGGAUUAGAUGACGAUGCAGUCAUGACGCUGCAGUCUUUCAAGGAAGGCAUGGAGACGGCCUAG